CAAGUUGUGCAGGAUGUAUGAAUGACAUUGGAGAUGGAGACUAUGUGUCAGCUCUGGGCCAGGAUUGGCAUAAAGACUGCUUUAGGUGUUCGGUGUGCGACGCAGCACUAUCAUCGUGGUACUUCGAAAAGGCGGGGCUACUCUUCUGCCAGCAGGACUACUGGACACGAUACGGGGACACCUGCCAGCAAUGUACACAGGUAAUAACGGGCCCCGUGAUGGCGGCAGGCGAGCACAGGUUCCACCCCGAAUGCUUCCUGUGUCGCGCUUGCGGCAGCCACAUCGAGGACGGGCAGCCCUAUGCGCUCGUCGAGCGAUCCAAUCUUUACUGCGGCGGGUGCUACAGCAGCGCCGUGCGCGGGUCGUCGCCGCGGCCGCACGCCAUCCGCGUGGUGGACGUGCCCGCGGGCGCGCUCACCGUCUCGCCGGCGCACUCCGGCGCGCUCAACGUCUCGCAGAUCGAAGGGGGCUGCAGUCUCCUCGCGCUGCACAUCGGCGACCGCAUCUUGGAGAUCAACGGUGCGCCGGUGCGCGGGCGCCCGUUGCACGACGUGCAGCGCACGCUUAACACGGAACAACUUAUACAGCUAACAAUAGAACACAACCCGGAAACAUCAAACGUUCAGCAGAAACGCGCGGCUAAUACGACGGAAGCCGAAGAAAGAAGCAAGCACGAAACGAAGUCACCCGUCGAAAGAAAAAUACACAAAGAAACAAAACAAAACAUUCCCAAAGAGGACAUUCCAGAGGACAGCGGAGUGAGGAAAGAGAGACUGUUCAAACGAAAAGGAGAAGAGGGAGGCAAAGUGAGAGUGAUUAAGAGGAGACAGACCCCGUCCUCGCCCUUACUAGGAGAAAAGGAGCGGAGUAGCAGCAUGUCAAAGUUACUUGACGUCGUGGACGGCGAGGAGCCCAGUGGCGUUCUCUGCGACUUGAGCCGUGCGCGUUCCUUCCGCGCGCAGCCGGCCCCGGGACAGAAAGUAUUCCGCGCCUGUGACCUGCUGCAGGGCGAGCUGCUGGGCAGCGGUUUCUUCGGGCAGGUGUACAAGGUGACGCACCGCGCCACAGACGAGGUCAUGGUUCUCAAGCAGCUGUACCGCGUCGACGAGGACGCGCAGAGGAACUUCCUCAAGGAGGUGGCGGUGCUAAGGUCGUUGAACCACCCGAACGUGUUACGCUUCAUCGGCGUGCUGUACAAAGACAAGAGAUUGCAUCUUGUCACCGAGUACGUCGCAGGAGGAACAUUGCAUCAACUUAUACAGGACGCGUCGGUGAAGCUGAGCUGGGCGCGGCGCGCGCGACUGGCGCGGGACGUGGCCCGCGGCGUGGGCUACCUGCACCGCAUGAACGUCAUCCACCGCGACCUCAACUCGCACAACUGCCUCGUCCGAGAGGACAAGACCGUGAUCGUGGCGGACUUCGGGCUGGCGCGGAUCGUGCAGCGGACGGCCAGCAACACGCUCGAAAGGAAACGCAACGCGCACUCGACGUUACGCAGGAAGAGAUAUACGGUGGUUGGCAACCCGUACUGGAUGGCUCCAGAGAUGAUGAACGGCAACGUGUACGACGAGAAAGUCGACGUUUUUUCCUACGGCAUCAUACUUUGCGAGAUAAUCGGUCGUGUAUCUGCCGAUCCGGACUUCCUUCCGCGACGAUCCGAUUUCGGCCUGAACGAGACGGUGUUCGUGGAGAAGUUCUGCUGCGCCUCGCUCUGCCCCGAGCCCUUCUACCGCAUCGCCUUCCUGGCCUGUCAUCUCGACCCCGACAAGAGACCACCUUUCGAAGUGAUAGAAAUAUGGCUAGAAAGCUUAGUAAUGCAUUUAUCAAGUCCUGGACCGCUGCCACCAAACCUGUUAGCCGACAUACUGCAAUACACGGAGGGCGCUUCCGAACGCGGUCACGCCACGCCUGAGUGUUGCCAACAUCAGAACAAUAACAUCUUCUGUGCUGCGGACGACAAAUGUUGCCUGUGCACAAAAUGCGGCAGCUGCGACAAGCUGAAACGGUCGCCGAGUAAAGUUUCCAACGUGGAGUUGACUCUGCCUUUGAAUGAAGUCGUCAAGUCGCAGUCCAACGCGGCGCUGCAGCCGGCGCCCGCGCCGUGCGCGCUGGGCAAGUGCGUGUCGGCCAGCCACCUGCCGCGGCCGCCGCGGGCGCUGGGCGGCGCGGGCGCCGUGUCGCGCAGCUCGCACGCGCUCACGCCCGGCUACAUCCUGCGCGCCGACGGCGCCGGCAUCAACAUCACGAAGGUGGACGACAUCUCCGAGUGGCUGGAGCCCCCCGCGCCGCUGAAGCGCUGCAGCCCCGACGCGCAGCUGAACCAGGCGGAGGCGCCCCCGCCGCUGAAGCCGCGCCGCGGCCUCGGCGCGCCCCCGCCGCCCGACCCCCUCCCCGCCUUCCUGCGCAACCAGUCCGUGGAGGGUCUCGAGAGCAAGUACAAGCGCGAAGCGGACGCCCCGCUGCCCUUCUGCCGCCACAUCAGCAUCCCCGACCACUGCGAGGUGCGCGACUCCGACGACUCGGACUCUUCCGACGACGACCCCGACAUGUGCGACUGGUACAGGAACGUCAGCUCCUUCAAGAAGAUCGAGAAGAUGGACGUGGAUCCGGCGAGGAACCUGCUCGCCGGUAUUGUCAAGGAAGGCGAAAAUUUGUUAGGGAAGAAAGCGAGCUACGACGUCGCCGACGUCACGUUGAGGAACCCGGGGGAGAGGAAAAUCCCCGAAGUGGACAGUAGAAGAUUUAACAUUGACCAAUUGACGAAGAGUCCCGUGAUGGCUCAGGGCGUUAAGAACAUUCCGAAGACGUUGGAAGCGCAAAAGGAGCCCGAAAAGACCGGAUUCUUCACUAAGAAACUGUUGUCGCCCAAACUGAGCCGCUUAUUUAAACCGAACACGGCAGAAAUCGUCAGAAAUAAACCGGAAAGUGAGAAGGAAGACAAGCCGGAUAAAUCUAGAAGUAAGUUCUUCAUUCAGCGGCCGGCGUCGCCUAGUAAUCUUCGCCGGUCGUCGUAUAAAGUCAGGCCUGUAGACGAAACCGACAAAAAAAUUCGACAAGAUAAAAAACAAGACAAUAAUUUGCUAAAAAGCGACUUGAAACUUGCGAGUAUGGGGAAACCGAUGACUCCGAUAUUCCGGAGGCACGUGCCGAGUGAAAGACCCGAUUUCGCAGACGGGAGAUUCAGCUACAGAGAAAGAAGGUCGAAAUGCGAUCUCAAAGUCCCCGAGCCAAAAUUCAUAGACGUAGGUCGCAACAGAAUCAAGGCUCCAGUAAACGUAGAUAAGACCAAACUAGCUCCUUUGAUACGGAGCUCGCCUAUGAAUAACAUUCCUGCUUUAGCCACCGUCCCUGAGAAAAAACUAGAAUCUAUUAAAAACAAAGAUGUAGUAAAGAAACGCGAACCAGGCAUUUCGCGUAAUAACUAUGUGAGUUUGGCGAAUUUGAAGAUAAAUAGUAAAAAAGACUUAGAGAAGACUGUCGACGACAAGUCGCUAGACGCAAUGAACGUUAGCUCACCCCUCGAGCGAAUUAUUUAGAAUAGAUUUGACAGUGGUUGACCAAGCUUUGAGAAACACGUCGCCACGCCGAUAUCACCAGGCUAAUUGUAGGAUACAUUCGACUUGGGUUUGAUCUCAAACGAAUUUAUAGAACGUGUUUCAAUGUUGCGAACUCACUCAAAACGUGAAAUCUCAAGGUCAUCCAUAAAUGUCACCGCCUUAAUAUUAAGUAUACUCUUGCCACGUUGAAACAUGUAGUUGAUAUACAAUUGUUGAUUUCUUGUUUGUACUUAUCACGUAUACUUAAUUGUAAGUGGACCUUGCCAACUUUUAUACAUUGUGUUUGCAAGGAAUAUGGUUCUAUAAAGUUGUUGCUGCUAAAAAGUCAACAUUGUAAUAAUUGCUGCCAAUUCUGUAAAUUAAAUUUAAAUGGUGCAUACAGUCACAUCUGUCUCCCAUGAUUCCAUGGGUAUACACAGGGAACACAGUUCUGACAUGCCUUUCGCUCUUUUCAAUCGUAUCUAGCGGACAGUACACUUUCCGUUCUAUAAACAAUGUAAUCGUUGGCAAAGUCCAUUGGAAAGCGUUUUAGAUUGUCGCUGAGACUUUUUUAUAUAGUGCUUGCGAGUUGUAGUGUUAAAAUCCUAGGAGAUUUUAAGGUAAUAGCUCGGAUUAGAGCACGUAAAAUACGCCUAGCCGUUCAUUAUACUGCCCUUACUUGUCAUUUUUAGUCGAGUCACAAAAAUUUAUUGACAUAAUAUUCUAUUCCCCUGUUCCCUUGAAGUAUAGAGCACUCAACCUCAACCAUGCACAUUAAUGUAAUAACCAAAUUUUUUUAUUUAAAUAAACUUAAUUAUGACGUUUUUGGUGGUUCAACGGCUUGCGCGGUUUGAGGAGUUCCCGGGUUCGAUUCCUCGUAGGACGAAUUUGAGGGAUUGUUACUGAUAUUGCCCCAAAGCGAAUUCCGUUGCUCCGGUACUCAUUGGUUUACCUGUUUCAAGACCAAGGGAUUAUUAUUAUUAAAUUGAUCUUUUAUAAAACAAAUCUAACUAAAACACGGUUAAAUGACAAGUGUUGAAAUAUCCGUUUUAAAUAGCAUACGAUAGAGCUCUAAAUUCUCUAAAACAGUUAAAGUCAGUUAACGUGUUGGACAUAUUUUCUUAAAUUAACCUAAUGGUGCAUAGCUGUAUAAGAAAUGCAUUCUCGUGACCUUUUUUGGCUACGGGAACCGCUUCGAAUAAUUUGCUGCUGGCGCUCGUGUCCUCUCACGUGACUUUAGUUAGCGGACGGCAGUGUAAUGGUCAAAAUUGAAUACUAAAUUGUAAAAUUACACGUAAAUGCUCCAGUACGCGUCAAUACGUUGACAUUACCCUUGUGGGUGAUACGUAGUAGACCUUUAGAUGUGUUUGAAAUUUGUGUGAAUUAGACAAUUUUUAAACCAGUUGCUUCAUUUUGAUGAGAUAAUUGUUAAAAGUUGAAAUGUUAUGGCUGCUGUACACUCGAGAGUGCGAGAGUGUAGAGGAAAGCACUCGGAUGUCUCGGUCUCCCUCGCAAUGUCUCGGUAUCUCUCGCCGGCUCUCGGCAUGUCGUGCAAAAAAAAGAGAGCGUCGCCUUACACUCACACAUCAGUGGAGCUUCAUUUCACUAAAGUAUAAUACACUCACAAAUCUUUGAAUGUAUCCUUCGGAGGAAGGGAACCAGGUAUCCCAAAAGCUGACACACAGCCAGGUAACUUCCGUGCCCUAUUUCAAUGCAUUCACCAUCUCCGUUCAUCGCCACAUUUAGAUUUUUUUCUCUCGCGAGAAUUAUCGGCGAGAGCACUCUGAGUGUACAGUCGCGAUUAGAGUUCACCAUAUUUUUAUGCGUUAGGAUGACAGGGAAAUAUUCUUCGCACACAAGAAUCUCUUCAAUUACGACGCGUCUCUGAAUGGUGAACAUUCCCUUUAGUCGUAAGUGCUUGUUGAUAUUUUGGGUGCUUAUUUGAUAUUCGACGGUGUUGUAGCGUGGCGGUGCCUUCCUGCAAGACUGCGAACGCUUUGUCAAUUUAUUCGCGUAGCAUUUCGACACGGUUAUACAAAUGUUAUUUUCAAUUUUAGUAUACACUUUUAUAAUUAGAUUUUUAGAUAAAUUACAUAAUUAUUAUAAAAGAAAUAUUAUCGAUUUUUAUAAAAAAUCCUCUCAGGUGAUUUCUAGUUUGUAUUCCAUUGUGAACAGUGCCAUUUAUAAAGAUUUUUAUAUUAAUAAGCCUUAUCGGGAAAUAACACAUCUUUUUGAAACAAUUAUCAGGAUAACAAUGUGUUAUUUUGGGAUAAAACUGUACAUUUGUUACCUAAGAAUUAUAUUUCCAAACAAAUUUUAAAAAAUUACUACUCAUAAUCGAUUUAGAGAUAAGAUGUAGGAUUUAAGUUUGGACAAUAUUUUAACUGAAUUAAUUUAUUAACAUUCGAAUUUAAUUUUAAAUAAUUUUUUUAAAGUCUGAAUUUUAUAUUUUGGUUUCACAGAGUGCCAUUAUGAAAGGUAUUUAUAAACCUCUCGGUUCGAAAAUAAUUUUUAGAUCUGGCAAAACAAAUCUCUACGUAUUAUUUAAUUUGUGCUCAUGUUUUUACCUUAUCUGUGAUACAUUUCGUUUGUAAUGAUGCAAUAAUAACGAGUAUUAUAGGUGUCUGAUAGUUUAAACGUUCUACUAUGUUUGGGGUGAAUGUCGCGAAAAGAAAUUUAAAUGUUCAACAUACUCCCUUACUUAAGUUUAUUUUUUUCAUACAUAAAAUUAUGUAACAUUUUACUACGGCUCUCUAAACGAUAGAAAAAUAUUUUUAAAAAGACAAUUUUUUAUAUUAUGUUGGCCACAUUUACCCUAUAUAUUAGCUAUUGUAUGUACAUUGUAUUUUAGAGCUAUAUUUCCAAUAACGUUUAGUUGUGAAUGGUGUUAACACACUAACAGCAAUAACAACGAUCUUUCCGUCGGCGCAUUCCACGUAUUGUAUCCUUUUACUUUGUCUGUAAGUACAAAUGAAUAAAGGAAUAU